UUCCUCCUGGUAGGAUACGUGUAAAUCAGCUGCUUGCCCUAUGGGCUGUCUAGUCUGCAUGUUAAUGUCCACGUGAGGGAGACUUGGGACCAGCAGUAGCCUAGUCGUAGACCGUUUUAACCUCUACAAAUGAGCCUAUUAACGUUUUAUAAAACACUAGUAGAUUUAGAUUUAAAAAAAUAAUAAUAAUACUAUGUGUAUUGCUAUAACUACUUUUUAUACAAUAGCCCACUGUGAACAAGUAGGCCUGAAGUAUGGCAACCAGUUGUGCAGCAGUUACGCACGUUAUUGUCGAACGGAAAGGGGCUGGCUACUUGGGGAUAACGCCACGGUAGGGAUUUGACCGGGGAGGUCUUGAUGCUCAUGUAGUCUGCGUUCAAAUCCAGGAUGACAGAGAACCAUAUUUACAAUUAUAGUGCGUGUUUUUGAAGACAUUUCCCCGUGAAACUAUUUCUGAUUAUUCAUCACUUGCCACUGGUUUUGCGGAAAGCGCAACAAUUUGGGAUCUACCCGUUUUGUCGUUCCACUUGUCAAGAGAUCUGCCGCUUACCAACAAAAUGGCCUGCUGAAAGUGAAAAGAAGAUACAAAGCUGCCCUUAACGUUCUUGCGUUAACGGUAAGACCCAAGGCUUGAUUGGCUGGCGACUUGUACACCGAGCUUUGCCACAGAGACAGAAGUGCGCGCAACACCUCCAGCAGAGCCACGCGCCUGGGCAGUAUGCUGGUGUUCACCUGUCUCGUGCUGCUCAUCAUCUUGUUCUCGGAGUCUAUUCAAACUGAGAGGUCACCGCCAUUUCUGAUCCCAGAAAACAUGUGGCCCCGGGGCUGUGCGCUGGACUGCCACAGGGAGCGCCACCGGACAGUAUGUGGCAGCAACGGACGCCUUUACAUGUCCCUGUGUGCCUUCCAGAGAGCCCAGUGCAUCAACACUCAGCUACGGACGGCACCACGAGCACACUGUGCAGAUUCCACCCAGUCCAAGUGCCAGCUGGCUCGUAGUCAGGCCCUGGAGUCCAGCGUCCGCAGCCACACCGUCCCAGAAUGCGGUGCAGAUGGAAGUUUCCUGCAGGUGCAGUGCCACAACCAGACUGGUUACUGCUGGUGCUCUACUCCAGAUGGGAAACCUGUCAGUGGGACCUCUGUCCUGCACCUCAGACCCAACUGCACAGGUGAGGGUGGUCCCUCCCGGCCCACCGCCGACCCUAGCAGGACCAAGUCUGUAGCAGGAAUCACCGCUCCUCCGCUCUGGGUGACCAUCCGGUUGAACUCUGACCCCAAAGGGAAUCGUUCUGUAAAACGCCCUACAGACAGUCCUCAGACGUGUGAGAGGGAGAGAGCAGCGUUGAUGGCCAAGGUGCAUGUUCUGUGGCAGGAGGAGCGCUUCAUCCCAAAAUGCAGUGCAGACGGGCGCUACAGCCCCAUCCAGUGCCACGUCACCACGGGGUACUGCUGGUGUGUCCGGGUAGACACAGGACGGCCUCUACCAGGCACCUCUGCCAGGAACCGGCUGCCAGACUGCAGCCUGGAGGAGCCCCACGGCAGUCAGCCUGACAGGAGCUACGGAGACAGAUCUCUACCAGGGUGCCCUGGGGCCCAGAAGAAAGAGUUCCUGCAGAGUCUGUUGAGAGCUCUGCAGCUGGAGGUUGAACAGUCUGGAAUACUCAGCCCUCACAGGGUGUCGGACGCUCCCCUGUCAGGCCCCAUGUCCCCUCCCCCAUCCACCCCGGUCCCCUCCCUGAGGGUUGAGGUGUGGGACAUGUCAGACCCGGGCGGGGAGGAGGAGGUGCUGCGUUGGCACUUCAGGCAGCUGGAUACGGAUGACAGUGGAGUGCUGAGCGAACGUGAGGCCCGGCCGCUCCGCCUCUACCUGCGCAGGAGGUUAAAGCCACGCCGCUGUGCUAAGAAGUUUGCCCAGUACUGUGACCGCGAUGGGGACCGCGGCCUCACCCUGUCUGAGCUCAAUGCCUGUCUGGGGCUGUGAGCCAUUAUUGUGAGCUGUCCUCCACUCAGCAGCCUCCACUGUCCCAGACCCACUCCUUACCAGCUCCAGAUGGGUCUCUGUUUUGGUUUCUCUCUCUCUCCUUUCUCUCUCUCUCCGUUCCACAUACGAGAAGGUGAGAGAGAGGGAGAACGAGACAGAGGAGAGAAAGAGUCUCUUUUACCUCAAGGUUAGUGCUAGCUCACCAGGGACCGCUGUUUUUGGCUUGGUGUCAGAUAAAUUAAAAGGCUGCUGCGUGUUUAUGUACAUUUAGAAACCAAAACAAACCUCGAGCCAAAAUUACCAGUCCCACCCCACCCUUAACCUCCAAUUAUUCAGUCUAGCUGAGGUGUACUGACAGCUAGGGGAGAAGGUGAGAGGUGUUGUAAUGGGUUCUACCUAACACGUAUGUGGCCUCCAGACACUCCUGAUGACAGUAAUGGGAAUAAUGAGGAAGGCCUCCAAUGAUUCAGAACGACUCGUCUGAAUCAGAACUAGAGCCCACAAGAUGUAGGUUAGAGGUCCUGUUGAAUUAAACAAGACAGUCAUUCAUACGUCUGUCUCUCUCUCCUAUCCUCCCCUCCCCUCUCCUGUUU